UGGUUUCGGUGGAGUGUCAUGCGACCAAGCUAUUGAUCAUAAUACAGUUGUAUGGACUACAAUUUUUGACAUUAAAAGAUUGCAGAAUUCCUUGGUUUGUGGCAAGGAUUAUCCUUGUGGUCGGAGUGGUCACAGUAUGAUUCACUCAUCUGAUGGAAAUUUGCUCAUUUUUGGUGGCUUUUCCAUUGAGCAUGGUUUUCUAAAUGAUGUUUGGAACUUUAAUACCAGCUCUCGUGAAUGGAGGAAGGAGCGGUCAUCUCAAAAUCUAACACCAAUGCCGAGAAGCCAUCAUGCUGCCUCCUACCUUCCUUCCAGUAACAAAAUGGUCAUUGUAGGGGGUCAAGGUUCAAGCCAAAUAUUUUGUGACAUUUGGCUCUUCAGUGUUGAAACUAAAUUGUGGGAGAAAAUCAUG